AUGGACGUUCGACAGCGCUACGACACGCACGCCAGCACCCAACAACACCACCAUCAACAGCAACAGCGACGCUCCGCCUCCGCCGCCUCGUACGAGGAGGCGAUGGUCCCGGCCAACCUCAAGCUUGUCGAGCUGCGGACAGAGCUCAAGAAGAGGGGCCUGUCGCCGUCGGGCCUCAAGCAUGUGCUCGUCAAGCGGCUCGAAGACGCCCUGGCCGACCCGGCCGCCUUCCCCGCCAUCAACAGGCCGCCACCGCCCUCGUCGAGUGGUGUCACCGCCAGGGCCAAGCAGCUUCAUCAACAACAACAACUUCAUCAUCAUCAUCUUCCGCUACAACAACUGUCGCGACGACAACACUCGCCUCAUGGGAGCGACGACGCGGCGGACAACGAUGGCGAAGAGGACGACCUCCGCAACGCGCUCGAGGAGGGCGAAGACGGAGACGAACGAGGUGGGGAGCACAACAACAACAUCUACGAGGAGGAGGAGGACGAAGAUGCGGCGGGCGAGGAGGAUGACAGCUACUUCGAUGCCGGUGACGCGUUCGUGGGCGUACGCCAUCCCCUCCACCCCAACAACACCAGCUCCAGGUCGGACUCAACGUUGUUGAGCAAGAAGCGCAAGAGCCCGCCUUCUUCAUCUUCCUCUACUUCGCCAUCUUCUACUUCAUCUUCUUUCUUAUCCGCUACUCGGACGAGCAACAGCAGCCGUCGGCGCCACCACCAGCACCAGGAGAAGAAGCUCAAGAAGAAGCACCACCACGCCGCCUCCUCCUCGCUCUCGCUCCUGUCCGCCGCCGCCGCCUCGACCGAGUCGUCUCCGCUCUCGGGCUUCAUCUUUGUCAAGGAGGCCCGCUACGCCAAGCAGCAACAACCACUUCAGCCUCAACACCAGCAAGAGGACAGUGUUGAGGAGAUCAAGUCGCUGGAGCAGUUCCGGUUCGAGGGGUCGGCCUUCUUCUUCAGCUACCAGUUCUGGCGUGGCCGCACGCUCCUCCACUCGUUCGAGAUCGAAGCCGGCACCUUCUUCCUCGUCGACGACCAAGACAACACCUUCAACACCGCCGACAACAUCAACACCACGACCACUCCUUCGCACCACCAGCAGCAGCGCAAGGUGGUGCUUCGGUGGCCGUCGCCGGUGUACUACCCUCUGCUCCAGACGUGGCGCUUCCACCAGACCUACUCCCACUUCCUCCUCCACGAACCCACCACCAUCCCAGUCUCGGUCCCCGCCGCCAGCAGCGCGCCGUCGUCGCUGCCGCCGCCAACCUGUGCUGCCGGCGGACUGUGCCUUGUCUCGCGCCUCGGCUCGGUCUUCGUGCAGGGUGAGUGA